AUGGAUCCGGAGCAGACGUUCCUGCGGGUGCACGCGCGCCUAUCGGGGACGCUGUCCCAGCUGCUCACGCCGCGGAUCCGCCUCGCGCUCGAGUACCUCUACCUCGCCGGCGCCGUCGCGCUCUUCUGCCUGCUCGUCGUCAUGCACACAAACUUCGUGCAGCAGCCUGGCUGCUCAAGUGAGUUUUCUGGAAUUGAAUUUGGAGAAGCACAACUUGUCCAAAUCAAGAUUAUCAGUGGGGGAUUAUGGUCCAGCAGAGGUGCUUCUUACAUCAUGGAUCUCCAGAACCUGGGACGUUCAGCUGAGAAAAUUUUAGAGGUUAAUGGUGAUAAGUUCAACAUUUUGGCAUCUAAGUUUUGGUCAACCUGGGUUGGCCCUGGAGCUAGGAGGAGUAAGCUAAUGUUUAGAACUUGGAAAGGAGACAAAGAAUUUGAACCUCAAUCAGAGAAUACAGCUGACACAACUGUUACCACGACUAUUCCAGGCUUACCAGAUUUGAAGGCAGCUGGAGAGGGUUCUGUACACCACCCUUUAUCGGCUAAGGAGUCAUUUAAAGCAGCAGUGACAUAUUUGUUCAGAAAAUGGUACCAUCGUGCUGUCUCAUUCUGGAAGAACAUAAAGCAACUUUCAGAAAAUACCCUCCAGUUGAUGGUCAGAUCAAAUUGGAAUGACUUCCUCCAUAUUUUUAAGGAUCUUCAACUACCAAGCAUGGAUCAUCUUAUUUCGACAAUAGUGCAGUGGUUUGAGAGGAGGAGUAAAGCAUUUGAGCCUACUUAUUUAUAUGGCGUGGAGAAGGGUUAUUUCUUGCUUUCUGAAGGUGCUAAAAUUCGUCAUGGUGUCCGAACAAUCAAUAUCACAAUUUCUGCUCGAAAUCCUUGCUUUGGAAACAGGUGGCAGCAGCUUUUGAUAAACAGCAUUGUUGGAUAUGAUACUAUACUUACAAACAGCUUGGUGAAUUCUCCUGGUCAUGGCUAUUUAUACAACUUUCAGACAAAGGAGCUCUAUGAUCUCAGUUAUGGGCAUGAACCACCAGAAGGUCCUACAAGAUUUGGAGAUUACUUUGUGACAAAAUGUGGUGUCCUUCUAAUGUCACUCUUUGUCUUUUUCACAACCACCAUGUCUGUUUCAUUUACUCUGAGAGAAACGCAAUCCCGCAUGCUUAGGUUCACAGUGCAGCUUCAACACCAUGCACGCCACCACCUGCCAACUUUUCAGUUGAUAUUCGUGCAUGUCAUCGAAUCAUUGGUUUUUGUUCCGAUUAUGAUUGGGAUCCUCUUUUUUCUAUUUGAGUUCUACGAUGAUCAAUUGCUUGCGUUUCUUGUUUUGACUCUUGUAUGGUUAUGUGAGCUAUUCACGAUGAUCAGUGUGCGGACAUCCAUAUCGAUGCAGUUCUUUCCACGCUUCUUCUUGCUGUAUUUUUUGGUUUUCCAUAUCUACUUCUUCUCAUAUACUUAUGGCUUCUCAUAUCUGGCUUUCUCUGCUACGGCAGCAUUCAUGCAGCACCUGAUUUUAUAUUUUUGGAACCGUUUUGAGGUGCCAGCUCUCCAGAGAUUCAUGCGAAGUCGAGCUCACAUUCACCAGCCGACAGGUGUCCAGAUAUCCUCAACUAUCUACACUUCUACCUUACACAUUGCUAGGGUAAAUGUGAGGGACCCUGGUACUAUAAACGAUGGCCUUGGUGCUGCUCGUGAAGCAGAUGCCCUAUUGGUUCAGGAUGAGUCUACCAGGAACCAGCAAGAAGGUCAACAACACGGAAUUUCUGAGCCAGCUGCCAACAAUGCUCACCAGUAUCAAGAGCAAAACCCUCAGCAAGCUGGAAGCACCCCUGCAGGCUCAGGCUCCCUCAACCCAUUUGGGUCCCUUUUGCUGUGGUUGCUAGGAGGCGGUGCUUCUGAUGGCAUAGUUUCUUUCUUCUCUAUGUUCAGAGAUGUCCGUGAUCAUGGUCAAGAUUACACCGAUCCACCUCGAAAUGAAAAUGAUCAGGUGACAUAG